CCCCUUCUCUUGAUUCUACUGUAUCCUCUGUGGCUGUCUCACAAUUUUUCAAAUAAUGGAGAAGAAACAACUAUGCCAACUUGUGAUGAAUUCCCUCCUCUUCCUGCUCGUCAUCACUCACUCCUAUAUGGGACUCCUCACUUUCCUACCAACAAUUACACCUCUCAUAAACCUCCAAAACAUCCCAAAUAGCAAACAAACAUUAGUCUCAACACAUGCACAAACCAAUCAAACUUCAUCUUCAAGAAUCCCAAGGUUGGCCUAUUCAAUCUCAGGAACAAAAGGAGACCUUGAAAGUCUAUGGAGGACCUUAAGGGCUAUCUAUCACCCUCGAAAUGUUUAUGUUGUCCAUUUGGACUUGGAAUCCCCAAAUUCUGAAAGAGAGGAAUUGGCUUCUCGCAUCAAGAAUGAUAAAAUAUUUGCAAAGAUGGGGAAUGUGCAUGUAAUUGUUAAGGCGAAUAUGGUCACUUAUCGUGGUCCGACUAUGAUUUCCAAUACUCUCCAUGCUUGUGCUGUUCUCCUCAAGAAGAGCAAAGAUUGGGAUUGGUUCAUAAACCUUAGUUCAUCAGAUUACCCUCUUGUGACUCAAGAUGAUAUCCUUCAUAUCUUUUCUUCUCUGCCGAGGAAUUUGAACUUUGUGGAUCAUACAAGUCGCUUGGGAUGGAAAGAAAUGCACAGGGCUAGACCAUUAAUCAUAGAUCCAGGACUUUAUCUUUCAGAGAAAUCCAAUGUUUACUGGGUAACCCAAAGUAGAGAAUUGCCAACAGCCUUCAAGCUCUUCACAGGCUCCGCAUGGAUGGUUUUAUCUCGAGAAUUUGUAUACUACUGCGUCUUAGGCUAUGACAAUCUACCAAGGACUCUCCUAAUGUACUACACAAACUUUAUCUCCUCUUCCGAAGGCUAUUUCCAAACAGUCAUUUGCAACGCGCCCAAAUUCACACAAACAAUUGUGAAUCACGAUCUCCAUUUUAUUCAAUGGGAUUGGCCACCAAAGCAGCAUCCACGAACCCUAACAUUAGCCGAUAAAUCCAAAAUGAUCGGAAGCAACGUGCCAUUUGCUCGUAAGUUUAGGCAUAAUGAUCCGGUGCUCGAUAGGAUUGAUGUCGAGCUACUUGGGUGGAGGAAUGAGAGUUUUGUUCCUGGGGGUUGGUGUGAAGGAAGUCCGAACUGCUCAGAAGUUGGAGAUUCUACAAGGCUGAAGCCAGGCAAAGGGGCGGGUAGAUUGGCUAGGCUCAUGUAUAGGAUAGUUAAGUCUAGAAAGUCCCGUGGUAAUCAAUGUACAUAAGACAAUUACCAGAGUUUGCUGUUAAAGAGUUAAAACAAAUAUUUUUGCGAAAGAAACAAGUACUUUAAUUGUGGAAAAAUGAUUCUCACUUGAAAAACAACAAGGAAACAAUCAAUCAAGAUAUGGAAUACUAUGUGUAAACGUUAAAAGGUGAUUUUACGGUAA